AUGGCGACCCCUUUCCCAACGGCCGAGAUGCCGUCGAUGAUGUACGGUACGGCCUGGAAAGAGGAGCGCACUGCAGAUCUCGUGUACGAGGCUAUCAAGGCCGGGUUCCGGGGCAUCGACACCGCCGCGAUGAAGAAGCAUUACAAUGAAGCUGGGGUUGGAGAGGGCAUUCGCCGGGCUAUUAGUGAGGGUAUUUGUAGUCGCAAGGACUUGUUUAUUCAAACGAAAUUCUCCCCUAUGGAUAACACCUCCGAUUACUCACCCACCGACCCCCUCCCCACCCAAAUCCACGCCUCCAUUAUCUCCUCCCUCACCAACCUCUCCACGCCAGACCACUCCCCCCCCUACCUCGACGCCCUCGUCCUCCACUCCCCCUUCCCCACGAUCCCCGAAACCCUCGACGCCUGGGCCGUCCUCCAAUCCUAUCUCCCCUCCUCCUCCUCCUCCUCUCCCAACGCAAACAAAAUCCUCAGCCUCGGCAUCUCCAACACCACCCUCCCUAUCCUCCAGGCCCUCUCAACCCCAACCCACCCCGUCUCCGGUGUCCCCCUCACCCCACCAGCAAUCGUACAAAACCGACUACGAGCAGCCGAGCGUGUUUGGGAUGUUGAUGUGCGUAACUGGGUCGCGGAACAAAACAACAACAACCAGAAUCCCCCCACUGGAAGGAGAACUAAAACGACAUACCAAGCCUUCUGGACCCUCACCGCGAACCCCUCCCUCUGGCAUCCUCAAACAGCACCUCCCUUUAUCCGGUCUGUUGCCGAGGGGGCGGGUGUGUCGCUCGCUGGGGCGUGGUAUGCGUGGCUGAUUAUAGAGGGGGGGGUUACGGUGUUGAAUGGGACGACGAGUGUUGGGGAGAAGGGGCAUAUGAGGGAGGAUUUGGAGGUUGUUGGGAUGGUGGAGAGGUGGAAGGGAACGGUGGAGGGGAGCAGGGUGUGGGGGGAGUUGGGGAAGGGGUUUUGGGGGGUUGUUGGGGGACGGUCGGUGACUGGGGGAUGA